AUGUGGCCGACCUUCGCUCCCAAUUCCGGAGCCGGCUGGGCCACCACCAGCUGGAACCCCGGCAUUACAAGACUGGUCUGGCCCACCCCGACGCCCCCGCCGCCCGGCGUCACACAUGUAUUUUACUGGUGGUGCCCGAGCCGCCAGUGCCGGGGAAAGUACCGGCUUGAGCUCCGCGUUACCAACCGGUGCCUGCGCUGCGGCACCUAUUUCCGCUCGGCCACCUGCCCCACCCUCUGCUUCGCCCACUGCAGUAGCCCCGGGGGGUGGCUGCAUCGCACGACGUUCUGGUGGAACUUACGCUUGGUCACUAGGGCGCAGUAUCUCGAGUUGAGAGCGGCACGACAGCGAGAGCGAGAGCGAGAGGAGGACGCUGCGGCGGCGGAGCCCCUAUGGUGCAUGCUCGAAGAAUCGGUCAGCGACGAUGUGGUGGAGGAGGAGGACGAGAAGGAGGACGAUGAGGACGAUGAGGACGAUGAGGACGAUGAGGACGAUGAGGACGAUGAGGACGAUGAGGACGAUGAGGACGAUGAGGACGAUGAGGACGAUGAGGACGAUGAGGACGAGGACGACGAGGAAGAGGAGGAGGAGUAG